GCAACUAUGCAAAAAUGUAAGUUCCAGGUAGAAAUGCUGUAAAACAUCAAGUGUGAAUGAGGACUUACCCCCGGUUCACAUCUCUGCGGCAGUGCGGGCCGCAUUUUGCACGGGCACAAGAGCCCAUUCAUUUGAAUGGAUUCCCCUUCCCAUGACACGCAGGGAAGAAGUCCCUGCACUUCUUUGGAUAACACAGCCUGCACGGGAACCUCGGUUCCCAGUACGGUUGCGUUUUCCAGUGUGGGCGGCGUGCCAUUAGAACUAAUGGCACCCGCCCGCAGGUCCGCAUUUCUCUGUGCGGGUGGUGCGGCUGCACGGAUUUUCGUGCGGAUCCGCAGCGGCACCACCCACACAGAUGUGAACCUAGGUUUA